AGCUACUUAUAGCUGCUUUUGUAGGGAUCCACUAGGUGCUUUUGUUUGCUGCAGCCAGGUCCCUUCAGUUUUCCCGACAUGGCUGAACAGAGCAAACCUGCACCUAGUAUGAACGAAAUCCUGGAUAAGGCCACCAAGAAGGCUUUGAGUGGUGGUAUCGCUGGCAUGGGUGCACAAGCUAUCAAUGUCCUCACGCUGAUGUGGAUGCGAACCAUCAUGAACUAUCAGUAUCGCUAUGGUGGAACCUUCAAGGAGGUCGUCACGAAGCUCUAUGCCGAAGGCGGCAUUCCCCGCUUCUACCGAGGCUUGGCGCCUGGACUCAUCCAGGCUCCGGUGUCCCGCUUCGGCGACACCGCGGCGAACGAUGGAGCAUUGGCCGCGCUAGAGCACACGACGUUGCCCACCGCCGCCAAGACCAUGUGUGCAUCGGCUGCCGCAGCAGGCUUUCGCCUGUUCCUUAUGCCAAUCGAUGCCUGGAAGACCACCAAGCAGGUGGAAGGAAAGGAUGGCCUCAGAAAGCUGGUGGAGAAAACUAAGAAGCAUCCCACCGCCUUGUGGCAAGGAGGCGUCGGAGCCAUGUCCGCCACCUGGGUCGGCCACUACCCAUGGUUCUACACCAACAAUCAGCUUCGUGAAUCGCUGCCUCAGUUUGACUUUCCUUAUGGCAAGUACGUGAGAAAUGCCUUCAUUGGAUUCUGUUCAGCGGCCGUCUCCGACACUUGCUCGAAUUCCUUGCGAGUGCUGAAGACCACGCGUCAGACUUCUUUGGAGCCAGUACUGGGCUCAGCCAAGCAGAUCAUUGCCAAUGAAGGCUAUGCGGGGCUGUUCGGACGUGGACUGAAGACACGGAUUUUGACCAACGGGGUCCAGGGCGCUCUGUUUACUGUUGGUUGGAGGGCCAUCUCAGAACACCUGAAUAAGCCCGCACAAUGAUUCCUGCGCACCCUUCCUGCGUUGGAUGUGUAUCUAAUCCUUUCCCUCUCAUCCUGUGCUCGGACUGUGAGAUGAACUUGAGCCCGACUGCACGGUGAUGUAUCCAAACCUGCUCGACAGACCGAAAAGAGAGUGCGCUGCAGGGGCUUGGGGC